AUCUUGCAAAUCUCAAAAACUUUUGAGGGUGCUUCAAGGUUGUAUUCUCUGCUUCCUUUUCAUCCAUCUGGACCCUCUGUUUUUCAUAGAAGCUUAGUUACACAAUCUUUCUCUCUAGUACGUGUUACAGUACAUGAGUAUGCACUCAUCAUUCUUUGGCAUUUAUAAUCUUAUAUUUAAGCCGAGUUGAGUUGGGUUACACUCUAUUCAUUUCGGAGUUCAUUUUUUCUGUUAGUAAUUUUCUCAAACACCUUAUCCGCAUACAAUAGUUCCAAUUUCUUCCUUUCUGCUAUGCUUGAAUAGUAUGAUAGUUUAUCAUCAUUGAAUUUGCCAAUUUGGUGUUUUGAAGUUAAAAUCAUGAAGCCCAUAAGCCCUCGUUCCACUCCACUGAUUUAGUUUGAUUUUUAUCCUUUUUAGCCUCCGCAUGCUUAGAUCUGUGUAACUAGUUUACUUAAAUAUUGAAUUUUCCAAUAUCGGAUGUGGGAAUGAGAGAGGACUUGAUGCGGAUCCAGAAUAAAGAGUAAGCUAGAGGUGUAUUGAGUUAACAAAACUUAAUCUUUGAUCAACAUAUAUACGUGAUUAUGAAGUCCAUAGAAGAUAAGGAUUGCUUGCAUCUUGCAUCACCUCAGGAGAUUCAGAAAGGAAACGGGUCAAAUCGUGGUUCACACCACCAUCGAACCGCUCUAGGCAAACCAACACCAUCAAAAUGGGACGAUGCCCAAAAAUGGUUAGUUAAUUUGUCAAGAGGUGUAGAUAAGAGUCAAUCCAACAUCGAGCCACGUGAUUCCAAUGCAGAUGAUAGAAGACUGAUAGCACCAGUUCCCAAAAAAGAUUACCCAAGUAGUGAAGAUGAAGAACAUGGAACGAUUGAAACAAAAAAAGUCGAUCUUGGAGAUUCAAUGUAUGUUAGCUCAAUUUGUGUGAGAGACAUGGGGACCGAAAUGACCCCAAUGGCUAGCCAAGAGCCUUCAAGAUCUGCCACACCGGUUCGAGCCACAACCCCGGCUAAACACAGCCCUGCACCCUCAGGCUCCUCGACUCCUGUUAGGCCAUUCACAAUAAUACCUGCGGUUGCACCUGUCCCAAAACCUGACACGGGUGCAACCACAAGGUUUAGGAGAGAAACCGAAGAAACAAAUGGUGAAAAUGUUGUUGAAAAUAGAAACCCGUGUCAAGAUUCUAAGAUGAAUCCUCUUGAAACCCGGGCUAUGGCUUGGGAUGAAGCUGAACGUGCAAAAUACAUGGCAAGGUUUAAGCGUGAAGAGGUGAAGAUAGAAGCUUGGGAGAAUCAUGAAAAGAGAAAAGCCGAGAUGGAGAUGAAAAGAAUGGAGGCUAAGGCGGAAAGAUUGAAAUCUCGGGCACAAGAGAAGUAUACGAACAAACUUGCUUCAACAAGAAGGAUAGCAGAGGAGAAACGAGCAAACGCUGAGGCUAUUUUGAAUGAAAAAGCUGUAAAAACGAGUGAAACAGCGGAUUAUAUAAGGAGAACUGGUCACUUGCCCUCUUCUUUCUCCAUUAAGUUUCCUACUUGUUGCUGGUAGCAGUUGGUGCUGGAUAUAUAAGAUUUCAGUAUUCUUGUAUUUAUCAUUCAAUUUCCGCUUCAAAAUAUUUUCUCAUCUUGUUAUAUGCAAGGGUUGUUUCUUUUGUCAAAUCUUUUGUUUCGAUGUUAUUGAGCUUUUCAAAUAUGUAAAAAAUGAGACUUUUUUUUUAUUCUUUUCUUUUUUGUAAAAAAGGUACUUGAGUACUUUGUGUUCAAUUCAUCGUCAAGAAUCAUCGCAGUACGCAGAGGCGACAUUGGCUUUUAACAUUUUUCAUA